AUGGCAACGGCUGUCCUUGAUAACCACCAGCAACAUGUCACUCAUAAUCAUAUGUUAAUGAAGAAACCGCUCUCAGUGGACUACCUUCAGAACAAUGGCUUAAUUGACCCGAAGCAGCUGAUUGGCGAGGCUCUGCACAAGCGUGCCGAGUCUGUUGACCAUGAGCUCUGCGAACCCGGCGACGAGGAUACAUUUUACGUCGCCGAUCUUGGCGAGGUCUAUCGGCAGCAUCUCCGAUGGAAGAAGAAUUUGCCUCGUGUCAAGCCCUUUUAUGCCGUCAAGUGCAACCCCGACCCCAAGGUCCUUCGCCUUUUGGCUGAACUCGGCACCGGAUUCGACUGCGCCUCUAAGGGAGAGAUUGAACAGGUGCUGGCUAUGGGCACUAGCCCUGAGCGCAUCAUCUAUGCUCAACCAUGCAAGACGAACUCGUAUGUUCGCUUUGUGAAGAAUGCUGGUGUCAAGCAGAUGACCUUUGACAACGCCGACGAGCUUUACAAGAUUGCAAAGCUCUAUCCCGAGGCUGAACUUUUCCUUCGCAUCAUGACCGAUGAUACCUCCAGCCUUUGCCGCCUCAGCAUGAAGUUUGGCGCUGCCAUGGAUACCACCGAGAGUCUGCUGGCGGUAGCUAAGAACCUGGGCCUCAAUGUCGUCGGAGUCAGUUUCCACGUGGGAUCUGGUGCUUCCGACCCCCUUGCCUUCUACAAGGCCGUCCGGGACGCCCACACAGUCUUUCAGCAGGCUGCCGACUUUGGCUUCUCUAUGCGCACCCUUGAUGUUGGCGGUGGCUUUUGUGGCGACACUUUUGAGCAGAUGGCUGGUGUUCUGCGUGACGCCUUGGAUGAGUUCUUCCCUGCUGGCAAUGGCAUCGACGUCAUUGCUGAGCCUGGUCGUUAUUACGUCGCCACGGCCUUCACCAUUGCCUGCAACAUCAUUGCCCGCCGUACUGUGGAGGACCCUACUCUUGACGGCAAAGGCUACAUGGUGUACAUCAACGACGGCGUCUAUGGCAACUUCUCCAGCAUCAUGUUUGAUCACCAGCACCCAGUGGCUCGGAUCCUGCGAUCCAAUGGACGUACUCUUUACGACACGCCGUCGGCCAGCGCAUGCAGCGCAGGCGAAGGUGUCGAGUACUCUGUUUGGGGACCUACCUGUGACGGCAUCGACCGUAUUAGCGAGAGCAUUCGUUUCGAAACCAUCCUCGACGUUGGUGACUGGCUCUACUUUGAAGACAUGGGCGCGUACACCAAAUGCUCGGCCACGCAGUUCAAUGGGUUCUCCAACUCUCACGAUGUCAUUUACGUGUGCAGCGAGGCUGGAGCCAAGGCUCUUCUGAACAUCUACUCUGCCACCCAGGCUGAUGUUGCCUGCUUCAAGGCCCUGAAGGAGAGCCCCGACGCCAAGAAGUUCCCCAACGCCGCCCGUUGGUACAAGCACAUCGCCACCUUCGAGGAUGAGUUCGCCUCCCUCACUGGUGAUGCUUCCAAGCCCUACACCGUCUACGGCCCCGAUGUCGCUGAGGUUACUCUGAACCCUGCCAAGGCUCCUGCCGCCGCCGAUGACGACGACGACGUCGAUCUGUUCGGCUCCGACGACGAGGAUGAUGAUGAGGCCGCUCGUGUCCGUGAGGAGCGCCUCGCUGAGUACCGCAAGAAGAAGGAGGCCAAGCCCAAGACCAUUGCCAAGUCUGUUGUCACUCUUGACGUCAAGCCUUGGGAUGAUGAGACUGACAUGGUUGCCCUCGAGGCUUCCGUCCGUAGCAUCGAGAAGGACGGUCUGGUCUGGGGUGCCUCCUCGCUCAAGGCCGUCGGUUUCGGCAUCAAGAAGCUCCAGAUUAACCUCGUCGUUGAGGACGACAAGGUCUCUCUGGACGAGCUCCAGGAGCAGAUCCAGGACUUCGAGGACUACGUCCAGUCUUCCGACGUUGUUGCUAUGCAGAAGCUCUAA